AUGCUCCCCCCGCGCCCAAAACAGGUUCCGCGCCUCUGGAUAGCGUCUCUCGGCCAAAGCAACAGCGGUUGUCGCCUAUGCGUUGUCAAUAACAUCCGAACCGCUGCCCCCACUGUUGGACGUUGCCGUGGUGCUGCUGCUGUCAGUGGUGUCGGUAGAUACUAUGUGACCACUCAGACCUCGCUCAUCUCCGCCGGACCUAGACCUCCCAGUGUGCUACUCGCCAUCCCCGCCCGCCCCGUCCAAGACAUCACGCCGUGUUGUUCUCGCCUGUUUCAGCUUCAGAUUCGCGGCAUAAAGACCCGGACCGUUGUGCAGUUGAACGACCUGCCCCUUCCGCCCGUCGUUGAAUCCGCAGUCAACGGCCCUCUUCUAGUGGUGGAGGAGUCAGUCCAAGGAGAAGGCACCUCUACGACUCGCCGCAAAAGAGUCAAGAGGACGAUUCUGCAGCUGGAUCAGCUACCCGUGUCUGAGACUACUCUUACUGCGGAUCCCAUCCUGGAUGCCCAGAAAGAUGAAAGACUAAAUAAUGACACAGAUUCUGGUAGGGUUAAAAGGGGCAGGCGGAAGGCCAUCAAGUUGGAUGGCUUGCCCGCUCCUUUCGAUGCUGUGGUCGAGGAGUCUCUGCCGCCCGUCGAAGGGGCUACCGAAGAAGCGGCCGAGGUAGAGGAAGAUGAGCCGUCAACCAAGCGUAAAAGAGGGAAGACGAAGACAGUCAGGUUGAAGGAGAUCCCUCAGGGUGCUCUCCUUCCCGACGAGUCUUUCAUCUUACCGCAGCAGGAAGAAAAAGAACGGUCUUACCCAGCAGUAAUUCAACAGUAUCGCCAAAACAUGCAAAAGUUUGACAAUUGCGUCUUGCUCACGCGCGUGGGAGGCUUCUACGAACUGUACUUUGAGCAUGCCGAGGAGGUCGGCCCGCUUCUGAAUCUCAAAGUUGCACAAAGGAGAACGAGCGCCGGCUCUGUCCCAAUGGCUGGGUUUCCUUUUUUCCAACUUGAACGUUACCUCAAAGUCUUAGUUCAAGACCUGAAUCGCCAUGUAGCCAUAGCGGAGGAGUACAAGAAUUCCCCUUCAGAGCAGAUCAAAUCGGGCGGUCUGAUGCACAGUCGCAGAGUGUCGCGGAUUAUUACUCCGGGCACCCUGAUCGACGAGAACUUCAUGGACCCGUAUGCCAACAACUACAUCAUGGCCAUUCACCUGCCUGCGACCAAAUCAGAGGAAGGCACGAGUUCUCAAGAAGCCUUGAACUCGGGAGAAGGCCAACAAAAGAAGGAGUCUCUGAUAGGCCUAGCAUGGCUAGACUUAUCCACGGGCAACUUCUAUACCCAGCAAACAAGUCUGAUAUCCUUGGGCAGUGUUCUGUCGCGGAUAUCUCCGCGAGAAAUAGUCCUUGACAAGUCCCUUGAGUCUGCCGAAGAGCACAACAUCCUGGCCGUCUUGAACGAGGAGAGAUAUCCCUUCAACUACUCACCGCAAGGCGGGGAUAUCCAAACCCUCAAGGACUGGGCACCGAUGCUGGACGCAAAAAUACCCGCAGAAACAGUAAUUCGAUUCACAGACGAUGAGAUCAAGGCAGGUAACGUCUUGCUUCACUGUGUCAGAGACCGGCUUCAAGGCCUGAGCAUGAAGCUUCAGCCGCCCAUACGCCAUGAUAACAUGCAAAUCAUGGCUAUCGACAAGAACAGCAUGCGAUCUCUAGAGAUCAAACAGACCAUGAGGGAUGGCAAAUUUGCCGGAAGCUUGUUACAUGCCAUCAGGAGGACGGUGACCAAGAGUGGGGCGAGACUGCUUAAUGAGUGGCUCAGCGCCCCUUUGACGUCCCUCUCGGUAAUCAACGCCCGUCUGGACCUCAUAACCUGCUUUAUCUCCAACCCCGACCUCAGCGACGCCAUCACAGUCCUCCUCCGUCGUUCCCAUGACACCCAGCGUCUCGUCCAAAAAUUUGCUCUCAACCGCGGUGACGCCGACGACCUCCUGCGCCUCGCCAGCACCAUCAAAGCCACGGAGGACAUCGUCAACUACCUCGAGGCCACCAUCACCAUCUCCUCUUCUUCCUCCGAAGAUAAUAUCCCAGCACAAGAAGAAGAAGAAGGACAUGAUUGCCUAACCAAGCUCCUCGCCCGCAUCAGCCUCGAGCAACCCCUCAAGCUCGCCAAACGUAUCUGGGACGCCAUAGACGAGGAAGGGCUCGUCCAGCAGCACCAGCUCGAAGACAGCGAAACGGGCGAGAUGCUCGCUCUCGCGCAGGAGAUAGUCAAAGAUGAAGGCACGGAAGAAGACGAGAGGGCGUUGUUGCCAAAGGGUGCCACCGCUAGGUGUAAUAGAGCCCGAACAGCAGCAACAGCAACAACAGCAAUAACGACAACAAUGGCAACAACGACGAUAGACCCGAACCUAAACCAAAACCAAAAGGAAAAGGAUACUACGUCGUCAAAAGACAAGAGACAAAGCUUGCGGAAUUACUACGGCGAAGACACCCAGGUCUGGAUCAUGAAGCCCAAAGCCAAUAGGGCGUUGGCCAAGCUGCACGCCGAGCUGGAGUCGCUUCUGGAGCGAAAGGAGAAGCUGACCGAGGAGUUUCGCGCGAGGUAUGCGGCGCCAUCGCUUUCGCUUAUGUGGAAAGCUGGAUUGGGGCAUGUUUGUGUUGUCAGGGGGAGGGAUGCGAGAUUAGCAGCAGCUGGAGCUGGAGCGUCGUCGGUUCGUAGUCGCACUCGCACUGGGACGGCAUCUAGCAAUGGCAAUGGCAACGGUAGCAGCUUGUCCGACCCGUUAGACGCCGACGCCGAUGCCGACGCUGACGUCAAUGCUGCCGACGUCGACUCCGCCUCCGAACCCUCACCCUCACCGGAGCCCGAAUCCCUCUCAACCCUCCGCACCCUCACCGCCACCCGCACCACGCGCACCUUCCACCACCCCCGGUGGACCUCCCUCGGCGAAUCGCUCGACCACGUGCGUCUGCGCAUCCGCUCCGAAGAAACCGCUCUCUUCUCCUCCUUACGCUCAAACGUCGUAACGCUACUCAUCAAACUGCGCCGCAACGCCCUGGUGCUCGACGAGCUCGACAUCGCCACCUCUCUUGCGCGCUUGGCGACGGAGCAGAAUCUUGUUCGACCUAUUUUGCACGACUCUCAGCCUCAGGAGAAUCACGGGAAGGGGACGACGCAGCAAACGCAAAGAAAAACUGUGAUCGUGGGAGGUAGACAUCCCACCGUUGAACCCUCCCUGCUUUCCCGCGGGAUGACGUUUCAGAAAAACGAUUGCCUUGUGGGCUCGCCGGGGCAGGGGAGGAUAUGGUUGAUUACGGGGCCGAACAUGGCUGGUAAGAGCACUUUCCUGAGGCAGAACGCGCUGAUCACCAUUCUGGCGCAGAUGGGAUGUUAUGUCCCUGCUGAUUACGCGGAGCUGGGGAUCGUGGAUGCCAUUUUCUCAAGGGUCGGGUCGGCGGAUAACUUGUACGCGGACCAGAGCACGUUCAUGGUGGAGAUGAUGGAGACGGCGGCGAUUCUGAGGCAAGCGACGCCGAGGAGCUUUGUGAUUAUGGAUGAGAUUGGACGGGGCACGACGCCCGAGGAUGGAACAGCUGUGGCGUUUGCGAGCUUGCAUCAUCUGUUGACGGUCAACAAGUGCCGGGGGCUGUUUGCGACCCAUUUUCAUGCGGUUGGAGAUAUGGUGAGGGAGCAGGGGCUGAUGAUUGAGGAUGGUUCGAGCAGUGCGAAUGGCGGCGUGGCCAUGUACUGCACGGAUGUGGAAGAAGAUGAGAGCGGUGGAUUUGUCUAUGUGCAUAAGUUGCGCAAAGGCACGAACAGGCAGAGUCAUGCUCUGAAGGUAGCUCGCCUGGCUGGGCUGCCAGAGCCGGCUAUCAAGAUCGCUCAGCAAGUAUUGGCAACUCAGGAGUUGUAG